AUGCACUCGACACAGACUGAUAACAUCAGGAUUAUCAGGACUUUUGUGUCCAUUGUCACCUCAGCUGUCCUGCUGGCGCUGGGAGACGCCAAUGCUAAGUGGCUGAAGUUCGUAGCGGACCAGAAGGUGCUUGGUGAUUGGUUGAGUGGUGCGGAGACCACUCUGAAACAGGCGAAGACAGACCCUGCUGGGACCAGACCACACCUUAAGGAGCUGCAGGAGAGCGUGGGGGCCCAGGGGGGCGUGGUGGCAGGGCUGAACGCUGCAGGGAAGGAGAUCAUUGGUCAGAGUACGCAGGAGGACGGAGCUCAGAUCAGGCUACAGCUCAACACCCUCAACACACGCUGGGUGAACAUCACCCAGGAGAUCGCAGAGAGGAAGAGGAGGUCUGCAGAGGCACGUACUGCAGCGAUGGGGCUGCAGGAGGACAUGGGGGAGUUCCUGUCCUGGCUGGAUGAGGCUGAGGAGGUCGUGGCCAUCCCCCUGACGCCUGGAGAUCACCACCAGAUGAACGCCACCCUGGAGAAAGUCACGGCUCGUGUGUUGGAGCUACCAGCCAGACAGAACAAUGUGGACACCAUCAACACGAGGACCGGCACCAUUCCCCUCCCUGCUGACCAACAGAAGGAAAUGCAGAUGAUCAACACACGCUGGGUACAGGUGUCUAAAGACCUGCCUGAGAAGCAGAAGCAGAUUGAGAGCUUGCUGAAGGAGCUGUCUCACUUCCAGGACCGGCUGACUUACCUCUCCUCGUGGACCUCAACCACCAGGACCACCCUAGAGGAAAACCCUGACAAUGUGGAACCCAAGCUCAUAGAUGAAGUCCAGGUCAAGAAGCCUGAGGUGGAGGGGGUGUUGGCUAAGGGCCAGGAGCUGUACAAGGACACGCCUCCCAGCCAACCAGAGAAGGAGAAGUACCACAGUCUGAGUGAUGAUUGGAGGGCGAUUCAGGGGCAAAUGAUAGUACACAGAGAGAGGCUGGCCGCUCUAAAGAUCCAGAAAUCCACCAUUGAGACCCUCCAGGGAGACGCCCCAGCCCUGGCUCAGUUCAACAAGGCCUGGGCAGAGCUCUCUGAUUGGCUAUCCCUGCUGGAUCAGAUGGUACAGACACAGAGGGUGACCGUGGCCGACCUGGACGACAUCAACCACAUGAUCGUCAAGACCAAGGGAGCACUGGGGGACAUGGAGCGGCGGCGCCCCCAGCUGGAGGGUCAGCUGACUGCAGCCCAGAACCUGAAGAACAAAACCAACAACCAGGAGACACGAGCUGCUAUCACCGACCGCAUUGACAGGUUGCAGACCCACUGGGAAGAGUCACAGGGCAGACUGGCUGAUAGACAUCAACAGCUACAAAACAUGCUGCAGGACUCCUCUGAUUGGUUGGACGCCAGGAAGGAGGUUGAACCUCUCAUCAAACGAGCCAAUGACAAGCUGGAGUCGUGGCAGGAUAUUUCCUACACCAUGGAUGCUCUGAAGAAGCAAAACACUGACCUCAAGCUGUUUGUGAAGGAGCUGCACCAGUGGCAGGGUCAGGUGGACGUGACCAAUGACCUGGCAGGGAAGCUUUUAACCCUUUACUCUACCGACCACACACACAAGGUCACACAGAUGACCGACGCCACGAACGUUACCUGGGAGCACAUCAACAAACGUGUUGGGGACCGUGAGGCGGCUCUGUCAGCUGCUCUGAGGCUGUUACAGCAGUUCUACCUGGACCUGAAGGAGUUCCUCAACUGGCUGACGGAGGCAGAGACCACCUGUAACGUCCUGCUGGACGCCUCACACAAGGAGAGGCUGCUGGAAGACCCUGAGGCUGUACGACACCUGCUGGGGCAGUUCCAG